ACACACACACACACACACACACACACACACACACAGUGACGUCAUACAACUCAGCAGAACUUCACUUUACUCUUUAUUAGAUAAACGUUUUCUCACACAAACAGCUCCUGUAUUUCUGAGUAACUACAUUACCCAGACUCCCUCUUCUUUUUGUUUUGGUUGAUGUCACUAAUAUUUGAAUAUAAUAUUUUAAACCAGAAGUUUCACUUUUUCAGGCUUCAUCCGUGUGUUUAUAGUCGUGUGUGUUUCCUCAUAAUUCAGCUCAGCAGGGUGAGGGGCUUGGUGUGUGUGUUCUAACCGAGUGUGUAGUAGUGAUCACAGAGUGUGUAGUUACACCAGUGUGUGUGGUAAUGUGUUUGUGUUUUAUCUCCGGUGUGAUGCGCUAACUCGUUAUUCCGCCGCUCUGAUAAGUCCUGCGCUCUGAUUGGUCAGAAGUUGAUUAGUUCUCUCUAACAGCAGCCCUGACAGUAGCUCCGGUUUAUAUGAAUGCGCUCGCUCUAGCGCGUGAUCGUCUCCAUGGUAACAGCCUGUUCACAAGGGCGUGUACCAGAUAAAGUUGAGACGAGGAGGAGAAACGUGUUUAAUAUUUAUUUUAUGAAGCUGAAACGUCUUGUCUGAGACAGAAUCCACUGUAACACUGAUGAUGCAGACGGGUGUGUCAGGGACAGCAGGCUGCACAUCUGGAGCCACAGCUGUGUGUGUGUGUGUGUGAGUGAGUGUGUGAGUGUGUGAGUGUGUUGAAGUGUGCUGGUUUUUACAGAUAGCUGUGUGAGACCAGAGUGGAUUCAGCUACAGUGUUUGUGUGUGUACGCGUGUGUGAGUGUGUAGGUGUGAGUGUGUGUGUCGGGCCGGCAGACGGGAAUGUCUUCUCUGUGACAUAAUGAUUACCCAGAAUGCAGUGCUGGCUGGCUGCCAUGUGGUGUGGGCGGAGCUUCCUACUGGACUUUUCCACUUCGAGAGGACACAGAGCUCUGCUUUCCAUCACACUCACACCGUCGUCAUGGAAACUGUCCUACUUUGUCACUGAUUAUGAUCCCACGAUUGAGGACUCGUACACAAAGCAGUGUGUGAUCGAUGAGAGACCUGCACGGCUUGACAUACUGGACACAGCAGGACAGGAAGAGUUCGGGGCGAUGAGAGAACAGUACAUGAGGACAGGAGAGGGAUUCCUACUCGUCUUCUCUGUCACUGACCGGGGCAGCUUUGAGGAAAUCUACAAAUUCCAAAGACAGAUUCUGAGGGUGAAGGACCGGGAUGAGUUUCCCAUGAUCCUCGUGGGCAACAAGGCUGAUCUCGAACUGCAGAGACAGGUGAGUCAGGAGGAGGGGCAGCAGCUCGCGCGACAGCUCAAAGUCACGUACAUGGAGGCGUCGGCUAAAAUCCGCAUGAAUAUAGACCAGGCUUUCCACGAGCUCGUCCGCGUCAUCAGGAAGUUCCAGGAGCAGGAGUGCCCGCCCUCCCCUGAGCCGACGCGCAAAGAGAAGGACAAGAGCGGCUGCCACUGCGUGAUCGUCUGAUUGGUCCGUCAACAUCGCCGCUCAUUCAGCUGCUAUCACCAAGCCCCGCCCCUCCACCCUGCCUUCUGACAUCACAUCCUGUCUGGAUGAACCGCCGCCUUUAUCACGCGUGCAUGUCUUCAAAGUAAUAUAAACACAUGCAGCGACUCGGAGACGUCACGACUGGACGGACCGAACCGCCACGGAGCGUCUCACCUUCACGUCACCGUACCAUGACAUCACGGCCGCGUGUAUAAAGAGUAACGCGUGACCUCGUCUCUACACAACACUACACGCCGCUUCUACUAAACGUCAACGCUUUUUGUAUCCCGGAGGUUUUUGUUGCCUUACAGCGACUGAAGCGUCGGCACGCGGCAGGAACGCUGAUCACCUGGCUUUUAGCAGCUCUGUGUGUGUGUGUGUGUGGGUGUGUGUGGGUGUGUGUGUUCUGCUGCAUUUGUCUUCUUUCACCUGAUAAUUAUCUGCUGAACUUUAGGGGAGAAGUUCACGUGGUCUUUAUGAUCAGAGGGUGAAGCUGGUUGAGAAUUAAGAGUGUAAUUUAUACACACACACACACACACACACACACACACACACACACAGCCUGAGACUCACACUCUCCCUGCUCCAGGCAGUGUUCUUUCACAUUCACUCUCUCACUCCUUCAUUCUGUCACUUUAUCACACGUUUAUGCUUCGCUCCCUCACUCUCUCACCCCUUAUCUCACUCUCACACUCUUUCUCACUCUC